UUAUCUGUGCAAAAUAGUUAGAUUACAUACUCUUUGAAUAUUUAUUUUUGGAAGACCGUGAGAGAAGCGGAUAUAAUUAUAAUUCUUUUAAAAACAUGGUAUUAGAGUACAAAAAUGAUGUCAACUGAAAAUUGCUUGGUCAAAGCAAUCUAUUCCUUCAAAGGAAAAAACAAUGAUGAACUAUGUUUCAAGAAAGGUGACAUUAUCACUGUUACCCAAAGAGAGGAAGGUGGCUGGUGGGAGGGCACACUUGGUGAAACAACAGGAUGGUUCCCCAGUAAUUAUGUUACUGAACAUAAAGAUCCAUCAGGAUCACUAACAACAUCACCAAUUAGAGCAGCAUCAGAAAUUCAAGCAUUUAGAAAUGUUGUCCUCAAAGAUAUCAUUGAUUCUGAGAAGGCACAUGUUGCUGAGAUGCAAGGCCUUGUUACUAACUUCUUACAACCUUUAGAAAAAAGUGAAAUGCUAACAAAGGAUGAGUUCAAACAGUUGACAGGAAACAUAAAUGAAGUGUUGCAAACUCAUGAACAAUUCUUAGUACUUCUUGAAGAGUGUUCAACAAAAACUGGACCAGACCAACGGGUGGGAGGACUGUUUCUACAAUGGGCUCCUAAGAUCAAGGCAGUUCACCAGACAUAUUGCGCAGGCCAUCCUAAAGCUGUGUGCAUCCUUGAUAAGUAUAAGGAAGGUUUAAACACCUGGAUGGAGAAUGCAGGAGCGGUGUGUCCUGGAGUGCUUGUGUUAACAGCUGGCUUGUCUAAACCUUUCCGCCGCCUUGGGAAGUAUCCAGCCAUGCUGCAAGAGUUGGCAAGGCAUGUUCAUGAAGCACAUCCCGACAGGGGGGAUACACAUAGAGCAUCUGUAGUCUACAAGGAUAUUGCAAGCGGAUGUGCAGCUUUACGUCGUCAAAAGGAGUUAGAGCUUCAAGUAGUGACUGGUGAGGUGCGUGGCUGGCCGGGUGGGGAGCUGACCUCUCUCGGAGAUGUACUACACAUGGGAAGUGUGGCAGUUGGUCCUUCACAUCAGGACAGAUACCUCGUCCUUUUCCCUUCAGCUUUAUUACUACUUUCAGUUAGUAAAAGAGUUUCUGCAUUCGUUUAUGAGGGUUGUCUUCCAUUGACUGGUAUAACGGUCUGUAAACUGGACGAUACGGAUACAAGGAAAAAUGCGUUUGAGAUAAGUGGUCCUAUGAUAGAUACGAUAGUCGCGGUGUGCCAGACGCGCGCCGAGGCCGACAACUGGGUCAGCUUGCUGCAGAAACACUCCAACACCAGCAGCCCCUCGCACGAUCCGGGACAACCGCAGUCCUUACCUCAAAUGGCCAUGAGCGACAGCAGUAACGAGUUGGCGUCGGGUCUCAGCAGUCACAAAAGAUCACAUUCAUUCAACAAUCACCAAAGCUACACACAACACAGUCAACAAACGCAAAAGAGCAAGCACAAGAACCAAUCAGCGCGAUGGCUACUCAACUCUUGCGACUCUCUCGACCAAUCGCCGGCUAAAUCUAACAAAAUUCCCAUUGGAAAGAAGUAUUCUUCUAUCGACUUUAUUGAUACAACGGAGGCUUGUCAUUUAAACAAAGGGUGGAGCAUAACCUGCUUGCGUCCGGCGCCGCCGCUGCGGCCGCAGUCGUUCAGCGCGGGCUCGGAGGAGAACAUCGGGCCGACGCACCCGUACGCGCCGCACCAGCGCAAGUCCAACUCGUACGAGGAGGACGCGCUCAUUCUGAAGGUGAUCGAGGCGUACUGCACCUCGGCGCGCUGCAGGAACGCCGUCAGCUCCGUACCCAAUAUACCCCUGGAGAUAUUCGAGUCGACAAGGAGAAGACAUGCGAAGUCAAGAAACCGUAUUAUCAGUUGGUUAUUAGAGUGAACGAUCUGUAUCUCACUAAAUAUUUAUACAUGUAUAACUAUAUUAAUACAAAGUAGCGCUUCAUAAUAAUGUAUCGUUGUUACAAGUUGUCGUUAGUGUUUGAAUGUUCAAAUUAAUAUAUUUAAAGUGUGUCGUAAUUACAAGUACACUUUGCGUAUUGUGUAUGUUGUGUAUGUGCACAGCGGUACUAACAAGCCGGCCUGCGGCGUGUGCGGUGUCAUGAUGUUUAACCGACGCUAGUGCAUGAUGUGAGCAUGCUUCCUAACUUAUAUACUAUAUACCAUCGAUCUGAUAGAUUUUACUAUAGACAUUUGUGCCAAUGAUAAAAAUAUUUUUAUAUUUUGUUACAGUACAAAGUAGCUAGUCACUGUCGUGGUGUCAAUCGCCACACAUUGUCUUUUAUUUCCAGUUUAUAUAAGUAGAUACUUUAUAGCUACUACGUAGACGAGUUGCGAAUAAUAUAUUAUAUUGAGUAAAGAUAGUCAGUUAAUUUUAAUCUCAGUCAUUACUUCUGUGUUUUUAUUUAUUUGUUUGGUGUCAGUCGAAGCAGAUGAGAUCGGUUGAUGAUUAACCAAACUUUAUUGAAACGUAAUCGCUACUAACAUUUGUUGUCAGUUAAAAUAUUCUUUUUCCAUUUGCGCCACUGUUAAUACUUGUAAAUAAACUUAACUGCCGACUAAAGGAUGCGCCUCGACGUGGUACUUUGAACCUUUCUAUUUUGUUACAUGCGGCUGCCUUUAUAUCGCACCUGCAGUGGACUGCGGCCACUUUUCUCUCGGUAAAGUACAGUAUCACGCACU